CUCGCCAUCUUAUACACCCCUGAGCCCCCUUCGUCCACCUAAAAUCGACAAUGUCUGCCAGCAUCGAGGAGAUCCACUCCGACCACUCUGACCACGAGGGUCACGAGCACGAGCACGAGCACGAGCACGAUCAUGAGGAAGAUCCUACCUCCCAGGCUGCCCUCGACAAGAUCCAGUCGCGCUCUGAGCGCAAGGCCAGGAAGGCUCUCAUCUCUCUUGGUUUGAAAAAGGUCCCAGGCAUAACCCGUGUUACUCUUCGGAGGCCGAAGAAUGUUCUUUUUGUCAUUGCCGUCCCCGACGUGUACAAGUCGCAAAACAGCGAUUGUUACAUCGUAUUUGGCGAGGCCAAGAUUGAAGACGUGAACUCUGCCGCUCAGCUCUCUGCUGCUCAGAGUCUCGCCUCCAGCGGUGCUACUACGGUCCCUAACCUGGAGUCUUCCAGUGCUGCAAACGACGACGACAUCCCCGAGCUGGAGGCCGUCGAAGAGGAAGGUCCAGUCGAUGAGACCGGUGUCGACCCUAAAGAUAUCGAACUCGUCAUUCAACAGGUUGGCUGCUCACGGGCUAAGGCUGUGAAAGUCCUGAAGGAGAGUGGAGGCGAUCUCAUCAAUGCCAUCAUGGCCGCGAGCGAGUGAUCUGUUUCGCCUACUCCCUGUACUACUAUCCCCUUGCUGUAUUCAUCAGGUCCAAAACCAGUUUCACGGGUAUACCCAUCACUCCAGACCGUUUAACGCAUGUUUUUGCGGGCUGGGAUUCACAGUUAUCAUUGUCGCCAGCGUCUCAGUUCUACGUAAUAAUUGGAUCUUUCCCAACC